AUGACCUUCCGUGGACAGCGCCUGGGAAAGGCCUGCCAUCCAGGUCGUGGCCAAGGGGUGUGCGACGUGCCGCACAUCAAGAUCAUCGGCGAAAUCCAUCCCAACGAGCCUCGGCUCCGACGUGUGGGAGAAGCGGACGGUGUGGGAAUGGCGGAGGACAUCAUUCAGGGCAACGUGGGUGACUGCUGGCUGCUGAGCGCCAUCAGUGCCUUGUCGGAGUUCGAGGGUGCCAUUGCCAAGCUCUUUAAGAAGACGCCCAACAUUAAGGCACUGCCGAAGAACCAGCCACAGAAGUACGUGGUGACGCUCUACGAGUCUUGGGUGAGUCGUUUUGUUGUGGACGAGCGACUGUGCAUGAAGCCCGAUGGGAGUGACAUCCUGGGUUGCCAUCCCAGCUAUGAUGGAGAGCUAUGGGCCUGCUACGUCGAGAAAGCCGUGGCGAUCCAUUGUGGUGGUUGGGAUGAGAUCGAUGGUGGUCAAUGCACGCAUGCUUGGCGAUUGCUGACCGGCUGCAAGUAUCAAUACACCUUCCAGCACGACGGGGAAGGCUUUCUGUGUUUGGGGAAGUUCAAUCCAAACAAUGAGGAGUGGGACCCUUUGGAGAACUCCGUGAAGAAGGGCACCCAAGGGCUAUGGCCGAUGGCCUGGCCAGAGGUCGGCGGCGGUGGGGACUUGUCCUACAAGUGCGGGCAGAACGAGAUGUUCGAGCGCAUGUGUGCAUGGGAUGACCAGAACUAUGUCAUGGCCGCCGGAACCAAAGCAGGCUCAGACUCGAACACGACAGAUGGUAUUGUGGAUGGCCACGCCUACACCGUGAUCACUUGCCUGAACGAUGUGGCAGGCACCGAGCACGAUUUGGUGAAAGUGCGAAAUCCCUGGGGCAAAGGUGAGUUCACUUCAGGCCGAUGGUGCGACGAUGGCCCCGGCUGGACGGAAUUCCCCGAGGUCGCGGCGGUGUGCAAGCCCACCAAAGCCAAUGAUGGAGUCUUCUGGUUGAGCAAGGUGCAGAAGCGAGGGCUGAAGGGUCGUUCGUAUGAUCUGGUGAAUGGGUUCGACUUUCGACGAACCGCUGAUAGGUAUGGCAUGAAACUUCCUGAGUCUGAGCGCUUCAUCCGGAAGAGCACUAGGCCCAUUAACGUUCCAAAGUCCGGGAGACCCGAAGAUCCCUUGUCAGCGGGCCAAAUCAAGAUCCUCAGAGCGAAGGCUGAGGGCAUGAUCGGCGCCUUGCUUCGUGAGCUGGAAAAGGAUGGUGACCUAGAGUUUGAGAUGGUGACAUUGGACCCGGAGUCCAAGUCAUCAGAGCAUGGUGCCAUGUCGGACGCCUCAAAGCGGCGAUUGACCGCCGGAAGCAUCGAUGAGCCUGUCCGUGUCCCAAGUGCCAAGGCCAUGGCUCUCCAGCAGAGCCACGUAUCUCGCUCGGAGAUUCCGUUUCCGCCCGGCAUCGACUCGCUGGCUAUGUGGGGAAAGACUCUCAUUGAGUCCGGAAAAUAUGCCAAGCAGAACCUAUCGUAUGAGGAGUUGAGUGCCUCGGGUGAGCGCGAGAAGCAGUCAUACUGCAGCUGGAUGGUAGCUCAGCGACAUCGGGACAAUUUGACCCCGAUGGUCCGCGACCUGGUGCAGUAUCUGACUUUGGUGGCCGAGACACAGGAGAAGGCCGGUAGUGUCUACCCCGGGAGUUCUUCGACCCGCAAGUUCAAAGAUUAG